AUGGACGCCGAGUACCCGGCCUUCGAGCCUCCGCUGUGCAGCGACCUCAAGCACCUGUGCCGGCGGCUGCGGGAGGCCUACCGGGAGCUGCGGGAGGACCUCGCGCCCUUCAGGGAUGACCGCUACUACCGGCUGGCGCCCAUGCGGCUGUACACGCUCUCCAAGCGCCACUUCGUGCUCGUGUUCGUCGUCUUCUUCGUCUGCUUCGGCCUGACGGUCUUCGUCGGGAUCAAAGGACCCAAAGCGAUCCAGACUUCUGAAGCUAAUUUUUCACUAAAUAAUAGCAAAAAGUUGAAGCCAAUUCUCAUACGUUCGAAUCCACUGUCCACAUACAACCAGCAGCUGUGGCUGACGUGUGUUGUUGAAUUGAAUCAAUCAAAAGAAAUGUCUAUGCAGACAAGCUUUCUCAUGACCGUUAAAGUGGAUGGUGUAGCUCUAGAUGGAACCACCAUGUUCAUUCAUAACAAAGUUCACAAUCGCACAAGGACCCUCACGUGUGCAGAGAAGUGUGCGGAGAUCAUCGUCGCGCACCUCAGCUACCUGAACUACACGCAGUACACAGUGACGGUGGGAUUCGAACACCUCAGACUGCCCCUCAAGGACGUGAACUUCACAUGGAAGACUUACGACCCCGCCUUUUCCAAGAUGGAAAUUUGGUUCCGGUUCGUCUUUGUGGUGCUCACCUUCAUUGUCACUUGCCUGUUCGCACAUUCCCUCCGCAAGUUCUCCAUGCGGGACUGGGGCAUGGAGCACAAGUGGAUGUCCAUCCUCCUGCCCCUGCUGCUGCUCUACAACGGGAGAAAGAAAGUGUUUGACCUUCUAUUUGCCUAA